GAAGUAUCCUAUUAUGGAGCAGCGUCUGUGAAGUAAACUUCCUGCAGGGUGUGUGCGAGUCUGCGAGAAGACCGUUUUUGUUCUGUCCUUUCUUUACACCGUGAUACUGUGCCCACGUCCACAGGACCGCUUAAACGUUGUUGCCGUGCUCCUUGAUAGCUCGUAGCUCCUGACUUUGUUGGAUUUUUUAAAUUUUUACUUUAUUUUUUUCUGAAUGAUCAGAAAAUGUCCAAGUCUUUGAAGAAGAUCGUGGAAGACAGCCGAGAGAAGAACAUUCCGGAGGUGGAACUCUGUGACAGAAACAUCUCCAACAUGUUGGACGUCCCGGGCCUCUUCACGUUGUCGGACAUCACUCAGCUGGUUCUCAGCCACAACAAGCUGACAGCGGUGCCUGCUAACAUCUCUGAGCUGAAGAACCUAGAGGUUCUGAAUGUGUUCAACAACCAGAUUGAAGAGCUUCCUACACAGAUCAGUAGCCUUCAGAAGCUGACCCUCAACCUCGGCAUGAACCGUCUGAGCACUUUGCCCAGAGGAUUUGGUUCAUUACCAGCUUUGGAAGUGUUGGACCUGACUUACAACAACCUGAAUCAGAACUCUUUGCCUGGAAACUUCUUCUACCUCACCACUCUUAGUGCUCUCUAUCUGAGUGACAAUGACUUCCGGCCCUGCCUGACAGACAUUGGAAAGCUGACCAAAGUUACAAAUAGCUAAGUUUUGAGUCUGAGGGAUAAUGAUCUUAUCUCACUGCCUAAAGAGAUUGGAGAGUUGGUUCAACUCAAGGAGCUUCAUAUCCAAGGCAACAGACUCACCGUCCUGCCUCCUGAACUUGGCAGUCUGGAUCUGACUGGACCCAAGCAGGUUUUUAAAGCAGAGAAUAAUCCUUGGGUCACUCCUAUUGCAGACCAAUUCCAACUGGGUGUCUCCCAUGUUUUUGAAUAUGUCCGCUCAGAGACAUACAAAUAUCUCUAUGGCAGACACAUGCAGGCCAAUCCAGAACCUCCAAAGAAGAGCAAUGAUAAGUCAAAGAAGAUCAGCCGCAAACCGCUCGCUGCCAAGAACAAAUGAAGACAAAACAGAAACGUUAUGCUCAUCAACCACAUUCACUGCAUGUGCCUUUUGUUCCUUUUUUUAUUUACAACUGUUGUUUUAUACAAUUUGGAAAUCUGUUUAGAAAGAAUUUCAUUUAUUACUCUGUAUUACUGAUCCAAGUAACUCAGUUGUGAAACAUAAUUAAGUUUACACUAGAUGCAGCCUGAUAAAGCUUUUUGUGCUUAUGUUGCACAUACAUUUUAAGCAGAGUUAUGCUGCAAAAUACUCUAUUAAAACUAUUUAUAAAGGUAAAAAGGUUUUGUUUCAGCAAACUACCCCAAAUGCCAGUAGAAUGUUGUCAGACAGGUGUGACUAUAGAUAAAUUUGCAAAGACAUGAAUACCAGUAUAAAAUAUUAUUUGGAUUCAGAAUCAAGUGUCAUGUCUGUAGAGGUGGGUACGCCUAGCUU